CGCGGCCCAAAUCGCGCUCAUAAUCUCUCCUCUCCCUUAUGGAUGCUUCCUCUGAUUCCCGGCUCCUUUUUCUAUCCCAAUAAUCCUUCCCCAACCAUGACUCCCCCACCCCCUUCUCAUCCCAUUAUUAAUCCUUCCCCUGCUCCCCCUUCCCUCCUCUCCUCCCCUAUGCCUCCCUCCGGCCCCAGCCCCGGCCCCACGGGCCCCCGCCGCGCCGCCCCCUCCGCGCGCGCCCGUCCCCGCCCCGGACCCUGAUCUUUCGACCCGAAGCCGCCAUCAUGGCCGAAUCCGGCAGGAGCGAGCAGAUCAUCACCCAAUUCUUUCUCAAGGCCCUUCACGCCGUCCUCGGCUCCCGGAUUCCCCACCUCCACGGCGCCGCCCCGCCGGACCCCGCCCGCGCCCGCAAGCGCGACCGCUGGUUCAACCUCGCCCUCGGCGACCUGCCCCCGGCCCUCGACCACCCCCACCCCAGCGUCGUGGAUCCCCUUAUCAUCGACAUCAUCCUCACCCCUCGCCCCCCGGCCGACCUCCCCGAGGCCGUCGUCGAGCGAUGGACCGCCCAGUGCGAGUCCUGGAACUCCCCUUGCUCCCCGGAGAACUCCGCUUCUUUUCUUUACAGGAGGACCUACAAGAAAUCGAUCCUCCUACUCCGAUCCCUCUACUCCUUCCUCCGCCUCCUCCCCGCCUACCGGGUUUUCCGAAUGCUCUGCUCCUCUAACCAGUCUUACAAUUACGAUCUUAGCUAUAGAGUUUCGUCCUUCGCCGAGCCGUUCUCGAGGGAGCAAGAGAGGGAAUUCAAGCUGCACAGCUUCACCCCGGUGGAGACCCAGUUUGGCCAGCUCGUCGUGUCGGUGCAGUACCGCCCGAGCCUCUCGGACUUCAAUCUCGAGGUCUCGUCGCUCCUGCCGCCGAUGAUCAUAACGGAUUACGUUGGUAGCCCUGCCGCGGAUCCCAUGAGAGCCUUCCCUUCUUCGCCUUAUGAAAGGGGAGCCCGGCCGAUCACGUUUCCACUGAGAGGUGUCCGGACGUCGGCUACUCCUUCGGCUCCCCGCCCGCAUAGCUGGACGAGCGCGCCGUUGGCGCACCAUCCCUUGAGCUCGUUUCCUAUUCCGGCUUCGCCGCCCGAUGGAUAUGGGAAUCGGAUCCCGAGCCAGCGGCCGGCGACUCAUAGGAAGGGUAGUUUUAGUUUCGAUGAGUUUAAGCUCUCCCCGCCCUUCUCCUCACCAUCGCCCACUCCGUCACCGCCGGCGCAAGGCAGCAGUUAUCUGCAGUCUCGUCUGCGCUCUGAAACUGCACCCUUGAGCAUACCGCAGCCGCUGACGGGGAAGAACCGGGUGCACAGCAGUCCUAUUCUUUCAGAUCCAACCAAAAGCUUCUUGCCACCACCAUCUCCCAGAAGCAUGAGGACGGAUCUUUCGUCUCAGAAUUCACCUUCAGAGAGUAGAUCUUUUAGAAAGUCGGAAGGAUCGAGGGGUGGAGAUAUAUACUCAAACUUACAAUGGUAUACAGCUCAGAAGAGCCUUAAGGAUGGUAGGGAUGAUUCUGGAAGGUUCUCCAGUGUUUUGUCUUCUGGUGGUUCUCCAAGGCUUGGGUUUUCAAGAAGCUCCAGCCGAUUAUCGAUCCAGGAUGAUCUUGAUGAUGGAGACUUCUCUUGUCCUUUUGCUGUGGACGAUGUUGAUACAUCAGAUUCUCAGACUAGGAGCCUUGAUGGGAAGGAAACUCCAGAAUCUGUUCAGGCAUCAUCCCAUAAAUCACAAGAUGCAGCUGUUGGCAAUCUAAUUCAUAUGUUGAAGACAGCACAUCCGUUGCGCCAAAAUCACAGCUAUUCAACCCAAUCUUCAACUUCUGAAUUAAAUGGAGAGAUUGGCACCUCCAGUUUUUUCUCUCGGAGGACGUCUGAUGGACUGGAGGAGCUACAAAGCUAUAAAGAAAUGAAGGAGAUUCUGCUUUCUAGGAGAGGAACUCAGUUACUGGAAUCAGUUAAACAAAGGAAAGAGUAGCGUACUGUGAGCGAAGCCCUUUCCCAAGUAUAAAUUUGGAGUCAACAGUACUAAUCUCAGAUACAGGCUGUUGCUGCAAUAUCACAAGCAGGUUGAUGCUUCCUAACCAUGUAUAUAAUCCCAACCCACUGAUGCUUGUUGUCAUCUUGAUAGAGUACAAGACUACAAGAGUAGAUACCAUUUAAUUGCAGUUGAGAAAUUUCCCUUCCCCUCUAGGAAUUCAUUAGAUUAUGAUCCUCGUUUUCUCAUACAGGCGCAUGCGCAUGAUUAAAAAUUAUCUUUUAUAUAUAGGUGGCAGGAUCCAUGACGUGCUUUGCUUUAGUUGAAUCAGAAGCUUGGUGCAAUGGAAUUAUGGGGGAUAGAGCUAUAUUGCUGAACUGAAUUUAGCAUCAGAUUUGUGUCUUCAAUUAGAUGAAUAUGUUUUUUGUUUCUUUUGCUGUAACAGCUAGCUGAAUAUAAUUGAACUACAAUUUUUGAUAUUUCAUUAGUUUUUUUUUUUUAUUUUUGUGAUCAUUAAAUGCUUACAUGUUGCUUGCCGGGGGCAACCUAGUUAGAAAGGUUGUCGACACAGCUUGAUGCAGUGAUUUGGCUAAUUCAUUGCUGUAUGAUGACAAUUGUAAUCAAGACAAUCUAAUGAUGGCCUUGGUUCUUGA